AUGGCCGUCUGCGUGCCUGCAGCCCGCGCUGCGCUGUUCGUCAUCGUGGCUGCGCUGAUGCUCAUGACACCCAUAGUCACGUCUGCUGCGCUUGGCGUGGUGUCUCGAGGCCACAACCCCAAGGCACACACAAAACCUCCGGACAACAUCCUGUUCAUGUAUGAGGUGCACGGAUGGCUCAUGUCUAUUGCUUGGGGCGUGCUGGCACCUGCCGCCAUCGUGCUAGCCUACAACUUCAAGAACGUGCCGCCCACCAACAUGUGGUUCCACGCGCACCGCGCUCUCAUGCUGCUGGCGUACCUGAUGCAGCUGGCGGGCGUGGGUGUGAUCAUCGCAGUCAUGCCGCAGUACUGGGAUUACUACUCCCGCCAGGUCAUGAUCCACAUCAGCGUGGGCAUUGCCUGCGAAUUCCUGGCUGGCAUGCAGGUGUUGUCGGCUAUGGUGAAGCGGCCAGGCAAGGCCUCCCCCUACCGCAGGACUUGGAGUGUUGCCCACAUCUGGACUGGGCGGCUGCUGCUCAUUGUGGGCAUCGUGCUCAUCUUUGACGGCCUUCUGCUGUACCACAGCGGCAAGCCGUACCAGCACCUGUUUGUCAUCCUGUCGGCGAUCCUGUUCUUCUUCUUCUCGGUAGCUGCCGGGAAGGACGCGUACGACCAGGUGCGGCUGCCGCCGCCGGCCGUCACCGAGGCAGCUGCCGCGAAGCUGCACGAAUUUGCGCUGCAGCCGCUCGGAGGCAACUUUCCCUCACAACUGGACAGCGCCUGCGUCUCGCCCUCUAGCAGCGCCGGCAAAAUUGCCGCCAUCAAAUGUUAA